ACUCAUCCAAAAGAUUUUUGUAUGAAAUAAAUGUAAACUCUAAAGCACGCUCGCACUUCAUACGCGCUUUAAACCGGCUUCUCCUGUUGUAUGACAGACGCGCAGAGUGGGCGGGAACUCGAUAUACCGUCUGUAGUGAAGACUUGUUUCAUCACGCGCGCGCCGGUGGAGCUCUUCACACAGACAGACCAACACAAACCGGACUUUCAAAGCGGAUACUCGCUCAAAAAAACUAAAAACCCGUCACCUGCUGCAUGUUGGAAAACUUUAGAGAUUUUUAUAAUACUUUUUUUAAAGACAUGUAAUCUUAAUUUGUGCUUUGUAUGAUACCAUAUACAGUAAACGAGACGCUAUUUUUAAACGCCCUUUAAGAGCUCGCGUUGCGCGCUACUCGAACCAUUCACAGGCUAUACUCAACCUUGACAUAGCAUUGCUUUCAUUAUUAAACUAUUAUAGAUGAGAGUUUAUUCAGCUGUGCAUGUCAGCUAACUGCUCAGUUAGUUAGGCUAUUAUUUGCUUGGACUGUCUACGAUUUAGAAACGAACUUUUUGGUCUGAGAGGACUUGCAGUCAGUGUUAUUUUAUUAUAGCCUACUGUAUGUGCGCCUUUUACGCGGUCAAUAGAAACAGAAGACAGAUCGUUUAUCACAGAAGACUCUUGUGCGAAAUUGCAUAGUUUUUUGUACUUUUUGCAUCUUUAUCGCAGAUAUUUUGAGAUAAUCCGGGUGCAGGAUGUCUUUUCACAUCUGUGUUUCAAGAAGUUCGCAAACGCUGUUAGUUUUUGGGGUUUUGUUUCUGGUUCUUCCAGUUUUAUGUCAUGGGUUGGAGUUUACCGAGAAGUCCAACAUAAAUACAUUAAAUAUUGACAGUGUUAUUAUGGAGCCUCUGGAUGGACUGAGACAAUAUGUGGAGUCAGUCGUCGGCACCCAUGCAAUUCAGAUGGGCGUUGAGAAUGCUGUAUUUUACCUUGACUCAGUGUUUGGUCCAGAGAACGUCUAUUCUGUGGCUAUGUUUGUUGAAAUGUUGAUGAAGUUUGUGGCUGAAGGAGCUGCCAGUGGACUUAACGUUAUCGCUGUCUAUGUAUCUGAGAUUCUUCGAGCUACAGGAGUGAGUGAGGAGACGAUAUCAAUCCCUCAUUUCACUGCCGAGGGUGUGUACUCUGUGAUCAAAUGGGCUUUGCUGGCUCUGAUUGGCUACUGGAUCCUGACCGUGGUGCUUCGGGUCACCCUGGCACUUGUGAGACGGGUGUUUUGGCUGCUUAAAGCCAUCCUAGUCCUGUGGGUCUUUAUGAGGAUCGUCAAUGACCCCACUGCCUCCACCAAUAUCACUACACUGAGACUGACACUGCUGGUGCUCUUCUGUGCCGUGUUUGGAGUCACCACGAGCAGAGCCGGUGGGAGCGGAGACGGUCUGGAGAAGCGAGUCAGAAACCUGGAGGGACGACUUCAAGUGAUGGAGAAAACGAAAACAGAGAGCGACUAGAGAGGAAUGCAGGAGAGAUAGAGGAAGAAUACAGACUAGUGAGAAUAAAAGAAGAGCACCAAGUUUGUCUUAUUUUUUGUGAUGUGCUAUUUGAGCACAAAAACCAAAUACGUUUGGAUGAGACAAAUAAUGUGUGUGAUAGUCAAUGCAUGCACCCAGGGAUCAAUUCAGUCCUGUCACAUCAACAACAGAGCAGCAGUAACAUUAAGGACACAGUCAGGGUUUGUAUAGCAGUUGUGUACUGCAGAUACUGGAUUAGUCAUAAACAUUAUGUGUCAUGAAAUGAAUAAACUGCUUUCCAAUCCUGUA